AUGAGCUCCUCAUAUCUAGUGCUCAGUCUCAAGUUGGUGAGUGAAAGUGGAAAAGUAUCGGAGCGGCGCCUGGUGGACACGAAUUACAUCAGUUACGAGCACGACGAGGACGGAAAACCGUGGAAGGCGAUCAUCAAAAACAGUUACGGGGAUGUGGUACGUGUUUUUUUUUUGCAAUUUUCGAGUUGAAAAGUAGUGGAAAAAACAAUUUUUCAGAAAUUUGAGCUCUACUACGAUAUGCUCAUCGGUGACGGGUUCUACAGAGAAGGUAUGCGAACAUUUAGGAACGGGAACUUUCAUAUAAUUCUUUGUUUUCAGAGAACGCAAAGAGACGGUUGAUCCGAAACUUUGUUCGCAUUCGAAUCGAUCCGGAUCACCCGAAAAAUGUGAGGAGGUGAGUAUUAUCUGUCCGUUACACAGUAUUAUCCAUUUGAAUAAAUUUUGCAGAGCCGCUCUCGCAGUCAUCGCCUUCCAAGAGCCUCUGGACGUGUGGAAGUGGGUGCUGCCGGCUCGAAGGGAACUGAACAGAAUGAUCAGAAGGGCCAGGAGAGGUAUGUGUUAAAAUUGCAAAGAUCACAGUCUCCAGAGCUUACAAUGGGCACGCAAGUGCGCCCCGCCCAAUAGAGCGAUACAUUAGCGCGAAAUUCAAAUUUUAACAGCAAAUUUUGUGUUUUUUGCCAGAUUAGCCACGAAAAAUCGAUAAUUUUUCAUUUGUCUCACGAUAGACUGAUUGUAUAGGCCAUUACGAAUUUCUUAAGCGCAAGAGCGUCAAAUUUGGUCAAAUCGCAAAUCACAUUUAUCCGUUUGAAGGUUUUUGCCUAAAACUGCGUGAAUUUCAGUUGCUUUUCGGUAAUUUUCGCGGUUCGAGCGCUCAAAAUGUUUGUAUUUACGUGAUUUAUCGUUCUCAACACCAAUUCUGUGUGAAAACGGUCAAGAAAGCGCAAAAUGAGAAGUGCGGUUUUUAGGCGGCGAUCGGCGGCGAAGGCGAAAAAGCAAAGACGGCGAAAAAUGCGCAAAAACGUCAUUAAUUCUGAGAAUUAGUGUGUUUUCAUGUCGAACAAUCAUUUUUCAUCGCCUUUGACCACAAAAAUCAGAGAAAACCUGCUCAAUCCAUGCACCGGACAGAAAGGGCGCGCUGUUCGCAAUCUGUCCGAAUUUCUAGGCCGCGAAGUAAUUUUCCACUGAAAACGUGGCCUAACUUUUCAAACUCGGCCCCGAGGUCGCUCAAUUUGCACUGCAAAAAGAGUUUCUCAACAGAGCGCCAUUUCUGUGCGGUGCCCCUAUAAUAAUUCUGAGAACUAGUGUGUUUUCAUGUCGAAUAAUCAUUUUUCAUCGCCGUUGACCCCCAAAAAUCAGAGAAAACCCGCUCAAUUCAUGAGAACGCCAUUUGGCCGCCGAGGCCACGCGCUCAUAGUGUCAGCUCUGGAGACCGUGGCAAAGGGAAACAUUUAAAUACAUUUCUCCGCGAGCCCUCCCCCAAUAUUCUCUAAUUUCCAGAGCGCAGAGCUGCCGGACUGCCCGAAGUGCGGCCCCUCAAGCCGUACGCAUUCGACAAUCAGAAUCCGUAUGCGAAAGACCCGCGACGUCCGAGAGGAUACGAUCGGAAGACGUGGAUGGACCACGUGCCGCCCGACUCGGAGUCGCCCGAAGAGGACAAUACGACGGAGGAGGUGCGCGUGGCGAGUGUUACGCCGACGCCGGCCGACUCGGAUUGGGCCGCACCGCCGGAACCGUCCGCGCGGAUCGGAACUCCCAAACUGACGGACGACGUGGACGAGUCGCCGUGGGGCGAGAUGGCCGAUUGGCCCACGUAUUACAAGAAACCGGAAUCGCCACCGUUUGACGAUGUGCUCGAUUAUUCUCUGGAUCUGCUUGUCGCUGAAGUUGAGGAAGAGUCGAAGCGAGAUCAGGAGGAGAUGGAAAGGGAACGGGACAAGCUGGUUAACAGGUUCAAAAAUGUGGAGCCGGAAAAGGAGCUGGAGAUGGAGCUCGAACUGGCGCUACUCAACGGGCAAGACUAUAAGCCAGAGCGCGAGACAAUUCUUCGUGAGCCGGCGCCAGUAAAGCAUGAGAAACCGAUGGAGGAAAUUGACGAUAUCCCAGAGGAAAUGGAGGAGAAAGAGCAGGAAUGGGAGAUAAUUCACGAUGAGCCAAUGGAAACGGGCACUCCUGAAGCGCCAAAAUCUCCAGAACCUGAAAUUGAACAGGUGGCAGCGGAUGAUGUGAAUUUCGGAAACUUGAUCGGAGAAGUGCAGCCGGCCGGGUACUUUUCCGACGAGGAAGACCUGGAGCAGUGGCUGAAUCAGGAAGAUGAGCAGAAGUUGGACGAGGAUCAAGAGGAAGAGAAAGAAGAAGAGAAAGAACAGGAGCGAGAGCUAGAGGAGGACCAGGAAAAGGAGGAGGAAGAACAAGAGCAAGAGAUUAAUGACAGAGAGAAAGAAGAAGAGGAAGAAGAGCCGAAAGAUCGGCGGUACAGUCUGAAACGGAAGUAUGAGGUGGAAGAGGAGAAAGACGAAGAGGAGAAGAAGGAAGAGGCGAAUCAAGAAGUGAAGGAGAACGGAAAAGUCGCCGGAAGAAACAUGUGAGUCUUUAACAACAACUCGCGGUCUCCCACGGGGCGCUAAUGCUAAACACAGUGCGCGCGUAAAUUGCGGAGUGUCGUUGUAACUUUUUAAAAUUUGCAGUUCAAACCUUUAUAUUUCAGUUUAUUUUGCAUUUCAUGAGCCCAACGAGCGACAAAAAUGUUCGCUAGAUUUUUCUUUACAAAAACCCGGUUCCGGCGGUUGGGUUUCUUGACCAGUUUUCGAAAACUAUUCGAAAAACAUCAAAAUCCACGCAAAGACCUUCAAAUCGAAAUAACUCGGCUAUUUCUCAACGAUGUGUGAGAUUUCUGUUACCAAAACGCAGCUAAUGCUCUAAUUAUUCGAAUCGAGGUUCCGGGCGUUGAAAAUUGAAGUUGAAAAUGAAAACCGUUGAAAAUUAAUUAAUCGGCCGCUGCGUAAAUCGACACUGCCCGCCUGGUGCAAGUGCGCCCCAUUGAAAUCAUUCGCGCCGUGGGAGACCGUGCAACUGAGAUACAUCGUCUUGAAUAGACGGUAUUGGGGCUCCUGUUCAGUUCAGUAAUUACGGUACCUGUAAUUCUUUCAGAGUGCUCGACAAUCGUCGUAUUAUCGAAUUGAAAGCGCCGAUGCCGCCAUGCAGAACCCGAGCUCGAGGCGCCAUUCCAAACUCCAUCAAAGUCUCGAAGCGCCAACUCAUCCGCCAACGCACUCCGAUAGUCGCCGCCACAGCCGCCACACGACUCCUCACCCGACGCGUCGAGGUUCCGAAAUGCACUCGGGACAAUGCGCACAGAUGGUGAGUACUGUGUAAACAUUCAAAAUCCCAAAACGAAUUCGAAGUUCAGCCUAAACAACGAGAGCAGCACGAAUUGCUACAUAAACGCGACACUGCAGGCGCUCUCGAGCUGCUUCCCGGCCGUCAUUCGCAUCCGAUAUUUGUGCAAUCAGUACAUGGGCGUCACAAAUCGAUUCGAUCGUUUGACAAAAUCGGAGAGACGUCUGAUGUGAGUUUUUGUGCGACCGAGAAGUUGACACCAUUCGUUUUGUUCAGGUUCAUGUGCUUUGAUAUCGUCUACUGGCUCUCUCUGAGAUCGACCGAUUGGAAGGCAAAUGAUUGGUUCGAACCGAAGCAUCAAAGAUCGGAAGAAGCGCCGCUGGAUCCGAUUAAUAAAGAGGUAAGUGUCAUUCAUAGUGUAUUCACACUCUGACAAUAUGCGCUCUUUCAGUUCCUCGAAAGUUUCAAGCAGACAUUCUGCAGGAAGCACAAUUUUGCGCUCGACGAGCAACAGGACGCCUUCGAGUUCUUCAUGUUCCUCCUCACCGACUUUGAAGAUUCCAUUGCGAAAGUGGACGCGAGUCCAUUGACGAACGGAAACACCGCAAAAUCGAUUCCCCUGUUCCGAAUGAACCCGAAAGAGCCGUUCAAAAUGGACAUUGAGGAGGUGCGCAUUUGCAAAAAUUGCCGCACCCGGACCCUUUCGACACGGAUGGAGACCGAGCUGCGAGUGAAUGUGGAGCCAUAUCGGAAUGUGUUCGAUUUGUUGCUGAAGAAGCAGAAACGGUGGACGGACAUCAAGAGAAGAUGCGAGCGGUGCAAGUGUCCGGAGGCGAUCGAGUCGGAGAGGGUCGCCCGUUUUCCACAGUAAGUUCAUCGUGUCCACGCCACGGUCUCCAGAGCUAACAAUGGGCGCGCAAGUGCGCCCCGCCCAACAGAGCGCGAUAAAUUGGCGCGAAAUUCAAAUUUUAACAGCAAAAUUUGUGUUUUUUGCCAGAUUAACCACGAAAAACCGAUAGCUUCUCAUUUGUCUCUCGAUAGACCGAUUAUAUAGGCUAUUACGAAUUUUUUAAGCGCAAGAGCGUUAAAUUUGGUCAAGUCGCAAAUCAGAUUUAUCCGUUUGAAGGUUUUUGGCUAAAACUGCGUGAAUUUCAGUUGCUUUUCGGUAGUUUUCGCGGUUCGAGCGCUCAAAAUGAUUGUAUUUACGUGAUUUAUCAUUCUCAAAAUCAAUUCUGUCUGAAAACGGUCAAGAAAGCGCAAAAUGAGAAGUGCGGUUUUUAGACGGCGAUCGGCGGCGAAAGCGAAAAAGCAAAGUCCGCGAAAAAUGCGAAAAAUGCGCCAAAACGUCAUUAAUUCUGAGAAUUAGUGUGUUUUCAUGCCGAACAAUCAUUUUUCAUCGCCUUUGACCACAAAAAUCAGAGAAAACGUGCUCAAUUCAUGAAAACGCCAUUUGGCCGAGGUAUAUUAUAGGGGCACCGCACAGAAAUGGCGUUCUGUUGAGAAACUCUUUUUGCACUGCAAAUUGAGCGACCUCGGGGCCGAGUUUCAAAAGUUAGGCCACGUUUUCAGUGGAAAAUUACUUCGCGGCCUAGAAAUUCGGUCAGAUUGCGAACAGCGCGCCCUUUCUGUCCGGUGCCCCUAUAAUAUAUUGUCAGCUCUGGAGACCGUGCCACGUGGAUCUUUUGACUAGUCUAAAGCGGGACUGGGCAAAAAGCUCUGAGCUGGACAAAACUUUUUUGAGCUGGACAAACAAAACUAUUUUCAGAGUCCUGCUAGUGCACGUGAAUCGGCUGGAACAAGACGACAAACGAGACGAAGAAGUGUACCCGAACAUGGAGAUCACCGCCGACGAACUGGGCACUUUUAAGGAAAGGCCUUCGGCGUACGGUCCGAACAUUGCGUCGCUGAAAGAAGUGUCGCCAAACGACAGCUCUGUUGUUUCUUUAGAGCGGGUGCGUUAAUGAAGUGCAUAGCGGUUUUUCGAGAAAUGCUUACUUUUUUGCAGUCCGACUCCGAGCACUGGUUCCAGCCGAAUUUGGACCCAGAAACUCACGUGCAAAUGCUCAAAAGUAUGGGCAUUUAUCGGCAGCGAGUUGGAAUCGACGGAUACACGUGAGUUUAUUAGGAGCAGAACAAACCGAAAUGCUAUUAUUAUUUUGUAAUUUACAGAGCACACACGAAAGAAUAUCCGAAAAAGCCGGUGGCGCUGGGUAAAUUCGCACCGCCCGGGAAGACGCGGUCGGUGUCCGGCGACGGGAAUUGCUAUUUUCGUGCGCUCUCGUGGAUUCUGACAGGCCAGGAGAAGUCGCAUAGUCUGAUUCGGAAGCACGUGAUGAACGAGGUGUAUGAGCACAAAGAGCACUAUAAGCGGUACACCGAGGAGAACAUCACCGAGCACAUCACGAAGAUGCUGCGCGACGGCGAGUGGGCGACUCACGUCGAGAUCAUCGCCACCGCCGCACUCUUCAACGUCGACGUCUACACGUAUUUGGAGGGCGUCUGGAUUCGACACGCGCCGAGAACGCGGAAAGAGCAGCAGCAGCAGCAGCAGCAGACGGAUCGCGACCCGAAGGCUGUCGGAGCGAUUUAUUUGAACAAUCCGAACAACAACCACUACGAUCCGGUGCUCACGAUCGAGGGAUUCGGCGAUGCUGGUGGUCACGGUCCGGCCGUUCACGUCGCAAAGGUCGACACCGAAAUUGUGAUAUAUAAAAAACAUAAAUUUACAGAAUAAGUACAAGCUUUGCGCGGUGAUCUGCCACGAAGGAGAUAAGCAAAGCGGUCAUUACUUCACGUACAGCAAGGACUUGUACGAUGACAAAUGGUCGUACUGCUCCGAUCAGACGAUCGAAAAGAUCGAGACGUCGCGGCUGAAAAGGAGCUGGAGAAACACGUGCUACAUGCUCUUUUAUAACCUUCAGCCUCCGCCAAUCGAGCCAUUUUGA